CAGAUUGGACAAAUUGAAGAGCGAAAGUCUUAUCUAGACGAGGUUGACUCAACAAUAAAUUUAGCUGCACAUGGCUACGGUACAGUGUUUCAUUUGUGUCUUUAUUGUUCUUCUUGGACUCUCAACUUUUGGGAAUGGACGUCCACUACAGAGAACUAAGGAUAGUGUGCACCAUAAAAAUCACACGCCAGUUCCUCAAGGAUGUAGACUGAGACAUAAAACAUUUGGACAAAAAGAUAUCAACUGGACUAGACUUGUACCUGAUGAAGACAUCGUCAGCAUUUUGCACAAUGCAAGCUUCAGCAUCUCUUACUGCUCGGGUCGGUGUCUUCAACACAACACACAAACGGCGGGACACGUCAUCAACGACGAAUAUGCGUUACAAAUGCGAAAUCUGGUGAAGAGUUGCGAAGAUAAUAACAUGAACUGUGAAGAGCUGAGUCCUUGCUGUGUUCCUAAACGACAUCACGGACACAACAAUCGAGGCAAAAUCGAAUUUAAGAAAACAAAUGUUGAUGUUGAGUAUGUGAACAAGAAUGGACAUGUAAAACGUUUUUCCUAUGAAUUUCUCAAUCCCACAGUUUGUCACUGUCAAUAAGCAACAGCUAGACACUUUCUUACAAAUAUUCAAAGAAUUCUAUUAUUAUAACUAGUUGAUAUACAAAGUUUAUACAUUUUAUAAAAAAUCAAUUUUGAAAUUUUUCAAUAUGGUGUAUAGAUAUGUCUGAUAUCUAGCCUUCUACGUUGCAUAAUGUAUACUGAUGAAAUAAUAUUGUUUCUACAAUCAAAUAGAGCGUCAC